AUGUCAGGAAUUUUCGAUACAAACAACCAGGACUCGGCCCUGUUCAUUGGCGGAUCGCGUGUUUCGGGACAGGAAGUGCGGGCACAGAACGUGAUGGCGGCAAUGUCGAUUGCGAAUGUGAUCAGAACGUCGCUGGGACCCGUGGGUCUGGACAAGAUGCUGGUUGACGAUGUCGGUGAUGUAACGAUCUCGAACGACGGAGCGACGAUUCUGCAGCUACUAGAGGUUGAGCACCCGGCAGGAAAGAUUCUGGUAAAGCUUGCGCAGCAGCAGGACACAGAGGUUGGUGAUGGCACCACAUCGGUUGUGAUUAUUGCGGCAGAGCUCCUGAGACGUGCAAACGAGCUGGUCAAAAACCAUAUUCACCCGGCCACAGUCAUUACAGGAUACCGUCUGGCGUGCAAGGAGGCUUGCAAGUUUAUUGCAGAUCAGAUGGCGCUCAAGGUCGACAAGCUUGGCAAGGAUGCUCUGGUCAGCGUGGCCAUGACCACCAUUUCGAGCAAGAUCCUGGGCGCCUACGGCACCUUCUUUGCUGAGAUGGCAGUCAACUCGCUGUCGGCAGUGAAAUCGCUGGACUUCCGUGGCAAGCCCCGGUACCCCGUUAAGGCUGUCAACAUCCUGAAGCGCUGCAUGAAACGCUCUCUGAAUAACCCCAAGAUUGCCGUUAUCGAUUUUGACAUUACCAAGACACGCAUGAAGCUGGGAGUCCAGAUUGUCAUCGACAACCCGGACCAGCUGGAGGCGAUCCGGAAGCGCGAGGCCGACAUCUCGACUGAGCGUGUUCGCAUUAUGAUUGAAGCUGGCGUCACCGCCGUGUUCAGCACCCGCGGCAUUGACGACAUGUACGUCAAGAUGUUUGCCGAGGCUGGCGCUGUUACAGUCACUCGCGUGCCCAAGGAAGAUGCCCGCCGCAUUGCCAAGGGCACCGGCGCUUCUCUGAUCACCACUCUGGCCAACCUUGAUGGUGACGAGUCCCUCGACGCCUCUUCCAUCGGCUCUGCCGAGCUGGUUGAGCAGGUGCGGCUGUCCGACGACGACAUUGUUGUUAUCCGCGGCGCCAAGGAGCAGCAGGCAUCGACCGUUAUUCUGCGCGGAGCCAACGACUACAUGCUGGACGAGAUGGAGCGCAGCUUCCACGACAGUUUGUGCGCUGUCAAGCGCGUGCUCGAGUCCGGUGCUGUGGUGCCCGGCGGUGGCUCAGUCGAGACCGCCCUGGCCGUCUACCUCGAGACCUUUGCCACCACUCUGGGCUCGCGCGAGCAGCUGGCCAUUGCCGAGUUCGCCAACUCCCUGCUGUCGAUCCCCAAGCAGCUCUCGGUAAACGCCGCCAAGGACUCAAUCGAGCUUAUUGCCAAGCUGCGUGCCUACCAUUCGGCCGCCCAGAACGCUGGCGCCGACUCGCCUCGAAGCGCGCUCAAGAACUACGGCUUGGACCUCCACGAAGGCAAGCUCCGUGACAACGUCAAGGCCGGCGUCCUGGAGCCUGCCAUGUCCAAGAUCAAGAUGCUCAAGUCGGCCACCGAGGCCGCCAUCAACAUUCUGCGCAUUGACGACAUGAUCAAGCUGCUGCCCGAGCAGCAGCCGGAGGACCCCCACGCGCACAUGUAA